AUGAAUACCGACGACCUAAUUUGGCAACUCAUUAACAAAUCGUUUUGUUCCUUCAUGGUGAAGACAAAAACGGGAAAAUUCUGUCGCAACGAAGAUAAUGUUACUGGUCUUUGCAGCCGGCAUUCUUGCCCUUUGGCCAAUUCUCAGUAUGCUACUAUCAAGGAACGCGACGGUAUCAUCUAUCUCUACGUCAAAGCUCCAGAAAGAGUGCCGUAUCCUGCUAAGCAGUGGGAGCGGAUCAAACUGAAGCGCAACGAACAGCAAGCCAUAGAACAGAUAAACAAACACCUCCGUUACUGGGACAGGUGGAUUCGCACCCGUGUAAAGCUGAGGUUCCUUCGGACGCGCGAUUAUCUAAAACGGAUGCGUCGCCUAGCCUUGUCCCGGCAAAAGAAACUGGAACCGAUUAAUCGCAAAGUGGAACGUCGUGAAAGCCGUAGGGAGGAAAAGGCCCUACGUAUCGCAAAAUUGGCCAGGACCGUAGAGAAUGAAUUGCUGGAACGAAUUCGAGCAGCAACAAACACAAAGGAGAUCUACAACAUUGACAAGUCUGCCUUCGAACAGGCCCUUGAGGCAGAGGAGCUCGAUACACAGGAAAUGGAACUUGACGCGGAUAUGGAGGAGGAAUCCGAGAACGAGGAGGAAGAGGAAAUUGUAUAUACCUCGGGAUCAGACAUUGAUGAGGAAGAGGAGGAGAACAUCGAAGACUUUGCCGACGCCCUGGAACUGGAGGAGGAACCUGAACCAGAACUUUUGUCUGUUGGUACUUCAAAAAGAUCGAAGGUCAAAAUUGUGCAUGAAAAAGAUGAUGAUUAA